CACAGUUACCCUGCAGCUGCACAGCAUCAACGAGACUCGCCUAAAACUGUCACACACGUGUGCUCUCAUCUCAGUUCAAACUGACUGAACCGCUCCGACUCCUCGACUAUUUCACAGUGGAAUGGGGGCAGAUUCUCCACGCCGCCAUUUUUAAGGAACUGCCUAUCGAAUACAGAAACUUUUGCUAGCAAGUGCUGAACGCUAGCUGCUAGCCAGGUGGCCAGUAGCCCGUCUGCUCCCUUGAUAGUCCGUUGUGACAGUUCAGGCUUGACAGCCAUUAGCCCGGGUAUCUGGUCGCACGAUAAUUAUCUGUGGCCACUGGGGCAGUAUUGGCAACAUAAACGGUUAUUGCUAAACUGGACAAUUCAGUCAUACUUGGAGUCAGUGGCCGGCUGUACAGAAUACGGCAGUUGUGCUUUGAGAUUAGCGAAUUAGCACUGCUACUUGUUAGCCAGCGAAAACGCAGUACUUUAACUCUGCAUAGCAUCGUCUGUGAUUUAGCGGAGCCGCUUUGAAAGCUCCGCCGUGCCACGGUCGACUGGAUUUGUCUGCCGCUAUAACGCCUCACCCCUAAACCCUAUGUGGAUUCGUUUUGACGAGGUGCCCAUGUGCUGAUUCAACAGGGCCAACCAUCACUGCAGAUGAAUCUUCAGCUGCCUCGGUGUAGCUCAGCACCCAGAUAGUCCCAUCCCCUCUGAGUGGGUGAGAGGGGACUAUAUCAUCCAGGAUGCCUUCCUCUGUAAGGGCAGGGAGCCUGAAGGAUCCGGAGGUGGCUGAGCUUUUCUUCAAAGAAGAUCCAGAAAAGCUUUUCUCAGACCUCCGGGAGAUCGGCCAUGGAAGCUUUGGCGCCGUCUACUUUGCACGGAAUAUACGCACAAAUGAAGUGGUGGCAAUUAAGAAGAUGUCCUACAGUGGUAAACAGUCAAAUGAGAAAUGGCAGGACAUAAUAAAGGAGGUGAAGUUUCUGCAGAGGAUCCGGCAUCCUAACAGUAUAGAAUACAAAGGCUGUUACCUACGUGAGCACACGGCAUGGCUGGCCAUGGAGUACUGUCUUGGCUCAGCCUCUGAUCUCUUAGAAGUUCAUAAAAAGCCUUUACAAGAAGUAGAGAUUGCUGCCAUUACACAUGGUGCUCUGCAGGGGCUGGCCUACCUUCAUUCCCACAAUAUGAUUCACAGGGAUGUGAAGGCAGGCAACGUCUUACUAACUGAGCCAGGGCAGGUCAAACUGGCAGACUUUGGCUCUGCCUCCAUUGCCUCACCUGCCAACUCCUUCGUGGGAACACCAUAUUGGAUGGCCCCAGAGGUGAUUCUUGCUAUGGACGAGGGCCAGUAUGAUGGGAAGGUGGAUGUCUGGUCCUUAGGGAUAACCUGUAUAGAAUUAGCGGAGAGGAAACCUCCCUUGUUUAACAUGAAUGCAAUGAGUGCCUUAUACCACAUAGCACAGAAUGAGAGUCCCUCACUGCAAUCUAGUGAAUGGACGGAUUACUUUAGAAACUUUGUGGAUUCUUGCCUUCAGAAAAUCCCCCAGGACAGGCCACACUCAGAUGACAUGCUGGGUCAUGCAUUUCUGCAGCGUGAACGUCCAGACUCUGUGCUAAUGGAUCUUAUUCAGAGAACCAAGGAUGCAGUGCGAGAGCUGGAUAACCUGCAGUACCGCAAGAUGAAGAAGAUCCUCCUCCAGGAGGCUCACAAUGGACCAACAGCAGAGGCUCAGGACGGAGAUGAGGAGGUGGAGCCGGGUGGAGGACGGACAGGAACAGUCAAUAGCGUUGGCAGUAAUCAGUCCAUCCCCAGCAUGUCCAUUAGUGCCAGUUCUCAGAGCAGCUCCGUCAACAGUCUGAAUGAAGCGGCUCAGGACAGCCGCAGUGAGCUGGACCUGAUGGAGGGAGACCACACAGUCAUGUCCAACAGCUCGGUCAUACACCUCAAACCGGAUGAAGAAGAAAGUUUCACUGGAGAGCAGGAAGCCACAAGUCAACCCUCUGAGCCCCAGGCAACACCAGCUCAGGUCCCGAGGAAGCACUGCCGCAACAGAGAGCAUUUUGCCACCAUACGCACAGCAUCACUUGUCACCCGAGAGAUGCAGGAACACGAGCAGGACUCUGAGCUGCGGGAGCAAAUGUCAGGAUACAAACGCAUGAGGCGGCAACACCAGAAGCACCUGAUGGCCCUGGAAAACAAACUGAAAGGGGAGAUGGAUGAGCACCGCCUGAGACUGGACAAAGAGCUGGAGAGUCAGAGGAGCAACUUUACCCAGGAGAUGGAGAAGCUGCUCAAAAAACACCAGGCAGCUCUUGAGAAAGAUCUGAAGACAUUUACCAAUGAUGAGAAGAAGUUCCAGCAGCACAUUCAGGUGCAGCAGAAGAAAGAGCUCAGCAGCUUCCUGGAGUCGCAGAAGAGGGAAUAUAAACUACGCAAAGAGCAGCUCAAAGAGGAACUUAGUGAGAACCAGUCCACUCCAAAGAAAGAGAAGCAGGAAUGGCUGUCCAAGCAGAAAGAGAACAUCCAGCACUUUCAGGCAGAGGAGGAGGCCAACUUGCUGAGGAGACAAAGGCAGUAUCUGGAGCUAGAGUGUCGCCGGUUCAAACGCAGGAUCCUCAUUGCCAGGCACAAUGUGGAGCAGGAUCUGGCCAGAGAGGAGCUCAACAAACGGCAGACACAGAAAGACCUGGAGCAUGCCAUGUUACUCAGGCACCACGAGUCGAUGCAGGAGCUUGAGUUCAGGCACCUGGGGACGAUCCAGAAGGCGCGGGCAGAGCUGAUCCGCACCCAGCACCAGACAGAACUCACCAACCAGCUGGAGUACAAUAAGAGAAGGGAGAGGGAACUGAGGCGCAAGCAUGUCAUGGAGGUCCGACAACAGCCCAAGAGCCUCAAGUCUAAGGAACUUCAAAUUAAGAAGCAGUUCCAGGAGACGUGUAAGACUCAGACCAGGCAGUACAAGGCCCUCAGGAACCAUCUGCUAGAGACCACACCCAAGUCUGACCACAAGGCGGUGCUGAAGAGGCUGAAAGAGGAACAGACAAGGAAGCUGGCCAUCCUGGCCGAGCAGUAUGACCAUUCCAUCAACGAAAUGCUCUCCACACAGGCUCUGCGGUUAGACGAAGCUCAAGAGGGCGAGUGUCAGGUGCUGAGGAUGCAGCUGCAGCAGGAGCUGGAGCUGCUCAACGCGUACCAGAGCAAGAUCAAGAUGCAAACCGAUGCUCAGCACGAAAAGGAGAGAAGGGAGCUGGAGCAGAGGGUGUCUCUGCGGAGAGCUCUGCUGGAGCAGAAAAUUGAGGAGGAAAUGCUUUCCCUACAGAACGAACGUUCAGAGCGAAUCCACUCGCUGCUGGAGCGUCAGGCCCGAGAGAUCGAGGCUUUUGACUCAGAGUCCAUGCGUCUGGGCUUCAGCAACAUGGUGCUCACUAACCUGGCCCCCGAUUCCCAGGGAGGCUGGGGGGGUGGAGGUGGUGGGGGCCAGGGGGCUCAGGGGGGAGGGCACUGGCCUGGAGGAGGGGGCCACCAUAGUCAUCACCACCAGGGUGGCUCCAGCUCACAGCAGCCUUGGGGUCACCCAAUGCUGGCUGGGGGUCCUCCGCCAUGGAGCCUCCACCACCCUGGAGGAGGAAGUCAGAGGGGGAGUGGGGGCAGCGUGGGAGGGGUGAGAAACAGCCCACAGGCUAUGAGGAGGACGUCAUCGGGGGGAAGGAAUGAACAGGGCAUGAGCAGGAGCGCCAGCAUCACCUCUCAGAUCUCCAAUGGAUCCCAUCUGUCCUACACCUAGAACAAUCUCAAACAAAAUCACAGUAGUUGUCUUAGGGCAGGGUAGAUACUUAACAUGUCCCGCAUCUGUGGAAGAGCCACUCAGCAUUUCCGCAUGUGCGUACAUGCCCAGGGUUCCAUUCAUGCUGAAACGGGGAUCCGCAUCAGUCUAGCGUAUUGCGCAUGCGUACUCGAUCUCACAUUCCAUUCUAGUAGCGAAUAUUUCCUCACCGGGGUGGGGGUUCGCCCUCCUUUUGUAUGUUCUGUGAGUGCUGAGUUACACGUGUGGGUACCAGCCUGUCCUCAUACAACCUCUCGCAAGUUUCCAUGUUACCGUCUCUUCUGACCUAAAUAAGAGCAUGCUGCCUACUGGACAGGGAAAGUCUUUUGUCACAGGGAGCACGCUCAGACUCUUAAAUGGAGGUGUGCUAACACUCGUCCACGUAGGCUCUGUGCGGACCAACGCAGUAAUGGUCACAUGACUAAGUGUAUAUCAUGCGUACCUUUUGCGGAACUCGGCGAGUACGCCCAGCCCUUCACAUAGAAAAACACUGUACACAGAGGCGCCAUGCAUGCACAGUUCAGAGUCUGGUUUCAUCUCAGCCCCGUUCCUCUCACCAGUGUUCUGCUGACAGCAGUGUGUGUAAACCCUACAGUCUUUACACCAAUCCAAGAUGGCUAAAGGCCAUAUACAGUGCAAUAGUGUUUCACCGUGAUAUAGAGUGCUAUUUUAUGUUUUUAUUUGCUAUGUCGGUCUCUGUUGCCAUAGAUUCAAAGAUUGUAUUCAUUUAAAAUACCAUGGAGUUUUAUUAUCAGGAGUUGUGCGUUGUAUAUAUAUGCAGUCACGUGGUUGCAUAUGAAGGUUGCAUUAGGGGAAACCCAUGCGCUUGGUGCGUGCAAUUCUUUUAAAAGCAUUUAAAUAUUUGCCCAUUACAAAAUUCUUCCUCAGUCUAAGGAGUGAAGUGCAGGCAUUAAACUUGGACAAAGUUUAAUGAGAUUACUGUUUUUAUGCUGUUGCAGACAAAUGAGAAGUGAGGAGGCAAAGUAGGGAGCGUUAGGAAGAGAUGGUUUUAGAGCAUGUGUAGGAAGGAAGUGAAGAGCAAAGGUUGUUUUAAGUCCGUGCCUGUUGGUAUCUCUGACUUUGUAGAACUAAUACAACUACAACUAAUAUUAGUCAAUUAUUAAAUUAAUCGGCUAUUUAGAUGCUUGGUAAAUCAGUUUUUUUUAGCGAUUAAAACAAGCUCUUUUGAUUUUUCUGCUUUUUAAUUUUGAGUAUUUUCAGGGUUUUUUGCUCCAUAUAACAAAGAAAUCAUUCACUGAAAUCUACGGCUUAAAAGAUUAUAAAAAGUCAUCAGUGCCAUGCAGUUUUGUUGGAGUAUUUUAUGAACUACAAGUGGUGCUGUAAAGAUGCCAUAUUGCAGGGUCAGAGUUGUCUUUCCAAAUAUUCAAUUCCAACAAUAUUGUGUUUUGUUUUUUUUAUGAGAUUGUGCGAGUUCAGCUCAUACUGUGUGGUCAAGCAGAUGCAUCCAUAGCUGGACUGGAAGGAGGGAAGCAGAAUGUUGAGCUGUUGGGUUUCCACCGGCCUCUGCCCUUCACUCAUACCUGCCCAGUGGACAGUUGCUCUGGGGAUUACUGAAAAACUUGUUUUUCAGCAGCACCUAACCUCUACUUGAAUGCUUUUGAACUGAGUGUUCACGCUUCACUCAUUUAUGGCAGUGUUUUAUGGGACAAUAUGCAGCAAAACCACAGGGUGUCACGACUAGAUAUUAGAGAUGCACCGAAAAUUGGCCACCGGAAAUCUUUAAGUGCAACAGAUUAUGAACUCCCCGAUCAUUGAUGUAAGGAUAAAGCAGCCCGUAGGGAAAUGAUUCAGGCUGCGUUAGAUUUAUUCUUUUAAGCAUGAAUGUGAAUCUAUACAAUUGCAAUGCCUUGGCUGUAGUGAGGUAAGUAUACACGCAGUCCCAGCCGCAACAACAAAAUUAGAUUAAAAGAAACAACGGUACAGAAUUGGCAUAAUAAUUUAUUCCAGUGUUUUCGGCCAAGUGUUGGCAAACAUUUUUCAUUUUGGUGCGUCCCUACUAGAUAUAGAUAUAUAGAUUGAAUUUCAAAGAGAUUAUACAAAGAAAUUGACAGCCCUAGUCGUGACUUGACAAUGACUUGCUCUUGAGCACAGGCCUUUACUUAUGGAUGCUGAUGAAUGUACAGUGUUACAAUUUGUAAGAAAGUGGCACUGGGUCAUUAAGGUGUGUUAAAAAAAUAAUAGCAGACUUGGCUAAAUUAGGUAAACGCACUCAAAAUUCAGAUUAACGCUUUUUAGGGCAACUCUUUGACUAAGGUCAAUCACAGCUGUCUAAAAAUGUGUUGUAAGGAAGGAAGCACUUUGAAUGAAUGAACAGCCUGGUUUGGUGACUGCUGAUUGACUCAGUGGGUUGGUGAUGCUGUGAUCUCCGCUGCCAUGUCCCUGCAACCUUCCCUGGACUGACUGACACCCCACUCUGUCUCACCCCUGGUGUCUUACCACCUCUCCCUCUGCUCCUCCUGAGCCUGGAGUGGUCUUCACCCCACCCCUCCCUGAUCUAUUUGAGAAAAGCCCUUCAAGUCAUAUGAGGUGGGGGGGAAUAAAGUGUAUAUAUAUAUGUAUUAAAUCUAUAUAGAAAAAAGAAUUCUAGAGAAAAUGAAACAAUUAUAGAGGAAUGGAGAUAAAAGUCUGAAGUCUUAUUGUGAAAUGCAGAGAUUUAUGCAUUGUAUGAUUUUUUUUUUUCCAGAGGUGGAAUGUACAGGAAACAUGUUCAUAUUGUAUAUUUUGAAUUUGAAAAUAUGGAAAUCUAAUCGACGAAACAAAAGCCGGACUCAUUUUGUUGUGAUGCGGAUACAGUGACGUGAUGUUUUCACUGUCUGAGAGACUUGUUACACAUACGUUCUGUUUUGCACGAUGACAACACAACUCUCGAUCAGCUAUCGUUGAAUUAGGAUGAUUUUGCACAUGACAUGAAAUCUGGGUCAGUGUAGCCUUUGAUUUGGCAUGGGCCAUAUUUUAUUGAUAUUCUAAUACCCAAUAUAGAAGAAUCAACCUGUCGUCAACUCAUCGGGGGGAAAGAUGGAGUUGUUCUUUGAAAUCUAUAAAAGUCUACAUAAAGAAUAUUUAGUGCACACCAGAAAAUUGUUUUCAAGUUCUUGCAGAAGAACUGAAAAUAUAUCCGUUUUGAUAUUUACACAGAGUUACUCCUAGGUGUCGUACAGUCCACUGAUCAUUUGGACGUUUUAUGUUAAAAUAAUGUAAUAUGCACACUGUCUUUUGGUCUGCGUCUACACAAAGCAUUUUCACACUGCAAGUAUUUGCCUUUUUCUUUACUCCCAGAAUAUACAACCGGAUCCUGUUGUUUUUUCAGGGCUCGGCUCUGAAUGUGACAGGUGGUUGUGGCUUAAAUUGUCUCUUCAACCAGGUCGUCGUACACCCAAAAAUGUUUUUACCUUGUUCUGUAGUCAUUUUUAUCUCUUCUAUUACCACAGAGUGUCAUUUUGUUUCCCCCAACGAUGUCUGCAGAGGGCCAAAAAUGAGUGGCACAGUUUUUUUUAAGUCUCUCUUGUGUUUACUCGAACCGCAGAUUUUUUGUUUGUUUCGUUUGUGGCAGUUUGGGCAGAGUCUAGCUUUAGACUUCGGUCACUCUGAACUGGAUCAGUUGCACUGAUUGCACAAGUGAUUGACCAGAUUAAAGAGUCUACUGUGAUCCCCCGGUGUGCUGAGGGACGCCUGCCGUUGGCUUAGAGUGGGCAGGGUCAUGUCUCUGUACAGUUUGUUUAAGAUUAUUACUUUUAUCUCUCCUGUCAUUUGGUGAAUCUUGUUGUUUUAUUAUCAUCCCUGGUCCCUCAGACCUGUAUUAAAUUGUAUAGAUUGUGCAAAACGCUGAAUGUCACAUAGCAAGGCUAUUCCUUAAAAAUGACAAAGUGAUUUAAAAAUGUAUAAAGGAAAUUCAAAAACAAAGUUUAGAGGGUUAAUGUAAUAUUUUGUUUGUAAUUACUAUUUUUUGUUGGAAGAGGGCUACUGGAUUAAAAAAAAAAUCAUCUGUAAUAAAGUAAUUUUAAUAUUU